CUCAGGGCCCCUUCGUGGUGCUGCUCGACAGGAGCUACCAGUGCGACCAGGCCCGCGACACGUCCGACGGCUCUAUGAAGAUCUACGUGCGGCCGUCGCACUUCCGCAACCCGGCGCAGGUGCAGACCGAGCUGCAGAGGAUGACGGGCAACAUAACGUUCCACCUGCCUGGCAACGACUCGUUCUGGAUUUACCUCAAGCUGGACGUGCGGAACAACAACCAGUGGAAAGAGAACGCCUUCGUCUUCAACAUCCCGGGCGGCGGCUGCACCGCCAUGCGCACGUACGCCCCGGAGGCCUACCAGACCGUCUUCAAGCGCGACCCCAAUCUGAGGGAGACCUGCACCUUCCCUAAGGGGAUCCACCAGAUAAACGACAUGCCACUCAACUUCUCCUUCCCCAAGAUGGCUGUCAUGCAGUACGGACAUUGGCGGGUGCAGUUCACGGGCGGAAUACGGAGAAGAACCACGCUCUGUAUGAUGGCAGAGGCAAAGACACUGCCAAAGCUGUAGAGCAGUGGUACAGGCAGUUGGAAAAUGAAGGGUAUUUGAUGACAGGCAUUUGGCGUUUAGUUCCGCACCAACCAAUAUCUUUGCCAGAGUAUCAAUAGUCUCUCUUCAACCCCUUACAGUCGAAAUAAGCCUGGUGAAUAAAAUAGAUGAAGCUAGAGA